CUCUUUUCCUACGCGAUCUUCUUCUCCCCUGCACAUCUUCUCCCUUCCCUACACAAUUUCUUCUCCUUCCCCUUCGCAAGGAACAACCAAAUCUUCGCAGCUCUCCGCCGCUGAUGUGAAGUCCACCGCUACGCGAAGUCGCCGCCACCACCCAAUCAUAACCAUCGCCGCCGCUACCGUGAAGUCCCCGUCGCCGCCAUCGCCGUCGGAGAUCUUCUUCGAAGGUCAAGUUCUCUUCUUUGAUUGUUCUCCCCAUCCUUCCUCCCCUCUUCUCUAGUUCUUCUCCCCAUCCGCUCCAUUUCUUCUUUGGUUGGUAAAAAAUGCCAAGUUCAACUCUGAAAAUGCCAUCAAAAUGACAUUCUUAUUCUACAAAAUUUUUGUAUUUUUCUUUGAAAAUGCCAUUAAGAUGGCAUUCUCGAUUCAUGUUGGAAUUUUGAUAAAAUUUUGGCAUUCGUGCCGUCAACAGCCAGAUCUGCAAAGAUAGAGGCGAGAUUUGCAGUGGCAGAUGCCAAAUUACUUGCGACGGUGGUCGGGUCUACAAGGGCAGCGGUCGGGGGCGGUGGAGGCUACAUGUGACCAGAUCUUCGGCGCCGCCAACAAGAUCUGUAGCGGCGACAACCAUAUCUACAGCGGUGGCGGUAAGAUCUACAAUGGCGGUCGAUUUUGAGGUGGUGGCGACCAGCAACCGACGACUGAUGGUGGUCCGGCGUUCUGGUCAGCGGCGGUAUGAUUUCCAAGCUUGAGUGUUUUUGUCCAAUUACAAAUAAUAAAUUCUAUUAGAGGUUUUUACGAUUAGUGAUUUAUUUACUCCCAAAUCCUAUCUCAUGAAAAAAUCUGAAAUGACGGCAAGGAAGCAGUUUUAAAAUCCCGUGGGUCCCAACCGGGGACUGCCUGUUGUGUUCGUUCUUGACUGGAUAAUAUCACCGCCAAGGCGCAGCCGGUUAAAGGAAGCAACAGUGACGACGUGAUCUUACUAGAAGGUGGCAAGGCACCGGGAUUUCCCAAGAUAAGGUGGAGAGCACCAGAGAAAAGGGGACAGCUGAAUCUGAACAUGAGAUAGGUGCAAUGAAUGACCAAAAGGCACACCAAGAUGCAGGCGAGGGUAAUAAAAAAAUCAGCAAAACUGACCCUAAAGGAGAAAGGGACAUCAUUAAUAAUUUAGUGCAAAGGGGUGGUGCCGGUGAGGUAAAUAUGGAAGCUGAGAUAACUCCUGAUGAUGUUAUGAGGGCCGGAGGGUUAGGAGCUAGAGAUGAUAUUGGUAGUUUCCUCCCUACAGCCAUUGACACAACUGACUUUGAAGCCUCUCUUCUUGAUGCUCGAGAAUAUGAAGAGCCUCAGGAACGUAUAUGCAGACCUGGCCUUGGCUGGACAGACACAACUAAUGAUAAGAAGUGAACCUAUCAUUGCCAUGUCAUCAGGAAGAGAGUUUCUAGGUCCCCCUUCAUGCUGCCACCCUUUUCGACUCUCACUGUUCUCUUCCUGAUAAUACUUUGAACAAGAUCCUAUAAUGUAUGAGUAGUUCUGAUGUCCUUGUUUGUUAAAAAAUACUGAAGGGUUAUGGAGUUGGUGUUAUGCAUCUCUCUGUUAUUCCUUUUUGUUACUUUAUCUUACUUUGUGUAUCACUACUGUGAGAAUCUCAUUCUCCCCUUAGAUCUGAAAUGGAAAUUGGUCUUUGC